AUGUCUUCAUCUGCUUCAAAGAAACAAAGUAGAAAAAAUGCAUUGGGUGCUCGAUUGGAUCCCGGGUGGGAACAUGGAAUUGAAAUUGAUUCUAAUAAAAAACAAGUUCAGUGUAAAUACUGUGGGAUUACUCGAGCAGGCGGUGUGUAUAGGCUUAAGCAUCAUUUAGCUUGUACACAUACAAAUGUUGAACCAUGUCCCAGCGUUCCUGAAGAUGUUAGAACCCAAAUGUUUGAUUUACUAAGUGCAAGUUCUGAGGAAUCAAGGAAAAAAAAACAAAGGGUUAGUAAAAUGUAUGAUUUAGAAGAAGAAGAAGGAGAAGUUGGGCAGCAGGCUAAAAAAUGUUCUAUGGACAACUUUGUUGUGAGAAAAUCUGGGGGGUUGAAUGUGAGACAAACAACUAUAAAUGAGAAAUGGAAGAAACAAGAUAGAGAUGAAGUUUGUCAAAUAAUGGCUAGGUGGUUCUAUACAAGCGCCAUUCCAUUUAAUGCUGUAAAUAAUCCAUUGUUUCCUUUAAUGAUUAGAAAAUUGGGAGAAUAUGGAAAAGGACUUAAACCACCUUCAUACCAUGAAAUGAGAGUGACUUUUUUGAAAAAAGAGGUGCAAGAGACAUUGAAUUUGCUCAAUGUGUACAAAAAAGAGUGGAAAAAAGCUGGUUGUACUAUUAUGUCCGAUGGAUGGUCUGAUCAAAGAAAGAGAACAAUGAACAAUUUUCUUGUGAAUAGUCCAGCUGGUUCUGUGUUCUUAUCUUCGGUAGAUACCACUGACAUUUCAAAAACAGCUCAAAAAUUAUUUGAAUUGUUAGAUGGUAUUGUGGAAAAAAUUGGAGAGGAUAAUGUUGUGCAGGUCAUCACCGAUAAUGCUUCUAAUUAUAAGGCAGCUGGAAAAAUAUUGAUGGAAAAGAGAAAAAGAUUGUUUUGGACCCCUUGUGCUGCUCAUUGUAUUGAUCUAAUGUUAGAAGAUUUUCAAAAGUUUGAUUCUCUCCACAAAGUUACCAUACAAAAAGCGAAAUCAGUGGUUACAUAUAUUUAUUCAUGGGGUACAGUUAUUAAUUGGAUGAAACAGUUCACUAAAGGCAAGGAAUUGAUUAGACCUAGAGUUACUCGUUUUGCUACUUCAUACUUGACCAUGAGACGUCUUAGUGAGCUGAAAGGGAAUUUGUUUACCUUUUUCUCUUCGGAUACGUGGAAAACAAGCAUGUAUGUUAGGAGAAAAAAGGGGAAAAAAAUUGAGAGCAUCAUUUUUGAUAAUCAAGAAUUUUGGCCAAAUGUGGAGCUAUGUUUAAAGAUUGCUUCGCCUCUUAUUAAAGUAUUGAGGAUGGUUGAUUCUGAUGAAAAACCAGCCAUGGGCUUUCUCUAUAAAGCUAUUGAUCAGGCAAAAGAAGAAAUCAAACAAAAUGUGAACAAUGUUCGAAAGAGAUAUAAAUCGGCAUUUGCUAUCAUUGAUAAAAGAUGGGAAGAUCAAUUGAGUCAUCCUUUGCAUGUCGCGGGUUAUUAUUUGAAUCCUCAAUUUCAAUAUAGUCCAGAUUUUCGGUCGGAUGCAAAUAUAAAACGUGGCCUUUAUGAUUGCAUUGCUAAGAUGGUUCCCGAAUCCGGUGAAAGGGUACAUUCUAAGAGAAGAAAUCGUUUGGCUCAAAAAAGAAUGAAUGACCUUGUGUUUGUGAUGUACAACUUGAAGUUGAGAGAGAGACAAAGGCAAAGGCAGCGUGUUAUUGAAGAAAUUCCUUUUGAGAAUUUGCCUUCGGAUGAUGAAUGGGUGACAGAGAGAGAAAAUCCAACUCUUCCAAGAGAAAAUAGUUGGUUACGAGUUCUAGAUGACAAUCCCGAAUGUGACACUUCAGAUGAAGAGGGAAAUGAAGAUAAUGAAAUUGAAAUACUUACAAGAAAUGUGCAAAGAGUUUAUGAUCAUCAAGAUCGUGAAACCCAUGCCCGUCGAAGACAAAUUAAUAAAAUGAAAGAGAUUCAUGUUAUUGAUGAGGAUGAUGGGCCUUCAACUGAAUUCGAUCGUCAAGAUGAUGAUUACCUUGAUAUGGUUCCUGAAAAUGAUGUUCAAAUGGGAACUAAUGACUUGGAUGAUGAUGAAGAUAAUGCCGAAGAUGAAUUCCAAGAGAAUUGGGAUGGUGAAGAUGAUUGGGAAAAUAAUGAUUUUGAUAAUGUGAAUUAUGGGGAUAAUCAAUUUGAUGAAAAUGAUGACAAUGAUUGGUUAUAA